GUGACAUUUCGUUUUAAACUUUGGUAUCCAUGGCGGGUAACAUGGCGAUAGAGGUGGCGGGAGAGUGAAAUUAGCUACGGUCCACAGUUGGGAGGAUCUGGCAAGUUCGGCAAAACAAUUGCGUAUAGGCUGCGUUAUCAAUGGAGAAAGCAAUUAACGUUGGUUUAGGCAGAACAAUUCCAGACUACUUCUGUCCUAAAAGCAAAGUGAAGGACCUCAUCCCUCUGGGAUCCCAUCGCCAUCAAGGCCCAGUCUCCAAACCAGUCACACAUCAGGAAAUUUGCAUGAAGCCAAUUCAGCCCCCUAACCACCGACCCUCUUAUCCUCCACUCAGGCAGGCAUUAACCCUCAAAAGGUCUGACAUGGACCACAGAGGCAAACACUCCUCAACUUGCCAUCCUAAUUCCCCAGGGGUCCCACGUGGCACCCCAGGCAGUUUGACCAAUUCACACUCCCAGGUUAGGAAGGUUCAGUCAGCUCCCAUCAGCCUUAAUCAAUCCAAAGACAUAAGGUGUAGCCUUGGGCCAGGUAAAGUCAACCCUCUCUCACCCCCCUCCAAUAAGAGUGAAACACCCCCUCUGUGCAAACCCAGUACACCCAGAUCAACCUCAGAGGAGGAUUCGCACAAGGGUGGACCCAGGGGUGGAUGUUCAAGACCUGCUAGCCAACCCCGCAAGCUUGUAGUCCCCACAUCCCACACCUUCAUUUCUGGUCAAGAAUGCCAUUCUCUCCCCUCUUCUCAUUCGGACCACUGGAGUCCUGGGUCCAGCCUUUCUAGGCAGCACAGUUCCCAGUCCCCAGGAGAUGGAAUGAACAAACUUGACAAUGGUUGUUCUGUCUCACCCAACAUGCAAGUUUUCCAUGUCAACUGCCUCCCAAAACCUAAAGAGCAUAUAUCCCUAGAGCAAAAAAGGACUCCUUCAACAGAGAGGUCUACUGCAGGGGGCAGCCGAUCCCUGUCUCGAAAGAGAAACAGAAACUCUGAGUCAGAGGACAGAGAUUGUAUUGGGGACCAAGCCAAGAGGAGCUGUCCCCCAGACACAAGACCACAACCAAUGGCUGGGAUGGAGCCUAGACCCAGUACUGCUUCCAGCCAACCACUCAGAUCUCAAUUCUCCAUAGGCACAAAGCAAGUGUACAUGAAGCCCAGUCUAAGUCCUACACUGAAACUGCAAGAGUGGCUUUCUCCAGUGAAGGAUGGAAUACAUUAUGGACAAGGGAUGGAGGAGAAAGGGAAAUCUCCAGCCUCCACUAAGCCUGUUAAACAUUUCCUCCAAGGCCAGACUCGGGCACCUUCUCAGGGAUUUAGAGACCGUAGUGGUAAUCUUCAGUCUGGUAACACUCAAGGUGGAUCCCUAACCUUGUCUCUCAGAAUGCCGAAUAAGGACGUGAGCAAAACAGAGAUCAGAGAAGGGAGUAGUGGUAAACCUGUAGGCAGCAUAGACCAUAGAGCUUCCAAACUCACCACAAGUUUAAGUUUAGGUUCCCCACGAUCUCGUGGAACAGAACAGAAUAAAGCUGCUCGCCUUCGAAGAACUUUGAUUCAGCAGGAUGAACUCUUCACCCCUGACCCUGUGAUCUUGGUGUCAAACCCUUCACCAAAAUCAAAAAAGUAUUGUUCUGAGAGAAGUGACGGUUUAUCUCGCUCUGUGUCUAGUUCAGCUGCUCUUCCCAACUCAGUUGAGGCAGGAUCCCCUUCUCAAAUGAGGCAGAUCCUUAAAGCAUCCUCUUCUCUGGUGGCCCCAGACCCCAAAACCUUACACUCCUCGUUGGUCAAACAAGGGCCAUGUAAAAACGGAUUUGUCAAACUGGAGAGGAUCCCGCUAUCUAAAAUCAACUCUCUUGUCACAUCAGGGAAGUCUUUAGAUGCGUCUUGUAUGAUUAAAGACAAUUCUAAACUCACAAAUAGUCCUACUUUUCCUCAAGUUAGACAGUGUGAAGAUGAAUCAGUUCAAACGGAGACAGAAACCAAAUCAACAGUCAGUCCCAAAAGAAACAGGCCGUGCAGGGACAUGGAGACAACUAAAGGCAAUCCCAGCCUCCACCCAUCUCCUUUGGCACCCCUGGCCAGACUAGGGGGAGGAGAGGGACAGCAAAUGGGCAGGGAGGAAGACCAUCUGGAUGUGGAGCUAGGCCUGAGCCUGGAGCUGGAUAUGGACCUGUCCCAGAGCAGCAGCAGCAGCAGCAGUGAAGAGGAUCAUCUGCUGUCCCUGCAGGAGAUUCUGGAUGGCAGCAUUAAGCCUACAGACACACCAGAGAAGGGAACCCUCCCUGAACCUGGCACACCUGUGUUAUCCAGAUGCCAAUCCAAACUUCUCCAGCUACCUGUAACAUCCAAAGGGAAGCCUGUCAAUUACAAGAACACACUGGAGCAGAUGCUGAAGGAAAAAGAGAGCAAUCAGAGGUUCAAGGAGAUUGAGAUGAAGUUGCUUCUCUCCUGUAAGGAGGAUCUGCUGCGAUUCAAAGAGGAGGAGGAGGAGAGCAAAGAGAACAUGGAGGAAGCCAUCUCAAAGGAACACAAAGAGUUCCUGCUGCGUUUCUCAGUUGUGUCCAGCGCCAUCAGGGACCUGCACCCAGGAGAAGAGAUUUUCUGCUUGGCCAACUUUGGCCGUCUGUUCAACCAGCACACCCUGCACUUCAGGCAAUGCAAUGUCACUCCGCAAGGAACGGCACAGAAAACCCUACUUUGGUCCAGUCCAGAUCAGUUCAGGUUGCUGCUCGGUGCUGGACUGUUACAGGCAGCCUACCGGUCCUCCCCCUGUCCACCCCAGGUGGCUCGUAGGCUGUUCCAGUUGAUGUCUGUCCACAGUGAGAGGAGGAUCUCCAACCAAAUACUUCAGGCACUCAGAGACAUUGCCUGCUCCUCUGCAGAACACACAGAGGUGAAUAAGAGUUCUCAGUUUGAGGUGUGGGUGCCCAGCAUUAGCGACGUGGCUCUGGUCUUCAUGAACAUGGGGGUUUCCUUCAUCACACUCUUCCCUCUGGAAAGUCUACAGCCACCCUUUACCGAGGGAGACCUACUAGAGGGCAUCCAUAUCAGCACUGAAAGCUUAUCCUGUAAGAAAGAACUGAGCACUUUUCCAGAACACAACGUUGAGAAUGUCAUCAAGUAUUUGUCUGAUGUGACAGCCCUGUGUCCGCGGGCCUACUGUGACACAGAGCUGUUGCUGUUGAUGACCAUGGUGAGCAGAAUAGGUCUGGAGAUACAGCUCACCCUCCUGCCCACCAUGGACCUGAGCUCCCUGGAGCACAACCUGGUCAACAACAUGAGGGACUGGGACGACAUGCUUCCUAGGAUCUGCUUGGCCCUUUCAAACCUGACGGAGGAUCAUCACAAUCUGCGCUGGCUCGUUCAGAUGCUACCUGACAACACACGUGGAACGCAACUCCGGAGACAUGUUAGUGUGGCAAUGAUCUCCAAGUUGUUAAACCACACGUGCACUUACAAGCCUUCCAAGACAGAGUUCCAGCUGUCCGAUCUACAGCAGUACCUGCCUCUUAUGCGUCCUUCGGCCCUACUCAAAGGCAUGCAGCUUGCCAGGAGCCACAGACAAAGGGAGCAGGAGGAGGACUAUGAUGACUCGGGAAGCCUUGAUCAGCAGGCCUACUACCUGUGCUACAGCCUUCUGGCGUUGGCUAAUGAAGCCUCCAACUUUGAGUUCUUUCCACCAGAACAGAAGAACCAUUUGAAGUACCUAUGUGCUCAACUAGAGAAGCAUAUAAAGUGUGACAUCAGAGAAAGUGAGAAGUGUCUUUACCGGAGCAAGGUGAAGGACUUUGUUGCUCGGAUCUACACAAAAUGGCAGGUGCUGCUCCAGAGAACCAGACCUCUCCAGGGUAAAUUGUAUGACUAUUGGCAGCCUCUACCAGAGGACAUGCUGGUCUGCAGCCAGGAGAGCCUCAGUGCCCAGAGAGAAGGAGACAUUUAUAGAGAAAGAGAGGCAAAGGUGGAGGAAGCGGUUACCGGUGGGAAAGAGGAGGUGGAAAGCGAGGAAUACAACAUUCAAGAAGGGAGGGAAGAGAAUGACUCAAGCAUUGAGGAGGAAGAUGAGAAGAAGACUGAUAGUCCUGCAAAUGAAUCCAACAUAGACAAAGAGGAGAUGGAGGAAGGGCACAGGAAAGAGAGAAAAGACUCUUUGAUAGCUGAAGAAGAGCUCCAAAAUGUAAGAAAACAUGAUGUCUUGCCUAAGAAGGACGAGUCCUUAAAGGACAAUGAAGAGGAUGAUCCAUCCCCAACCAGUGAAGAGUCAGAGGAGAGGAUGGAGCUCCAGGAAGACUUGGUUGAGGGGAGGGAACCAAAAAAGGACAUAGAAGUAGAGGAGGUUGAAGAAGAGACACAAGAAAAAGGUAAACAGUGGCUAAGUGAGACAAUUAUAACUUAGGAUUUUCCUAUCAACUUGUGUAUUCCACUAUCUCAGGGAAAUUUUAGAUUUUCAGGGUCUUGUUUGCAAUAAAUAGUUUUGGCUGUACUGUAAAAAACGUUUUCUAUAUUUUUAGCAUCUCUAUUUGCACUGUAUUUUCCCCUGUGUGUUGUGUUUGUCCUUCUAUUUUUCUCGAGUUCCCAAAGGAGAAAGUAAAUAAUAGUUUGGGUCCUUGACCUCCUGUUUUAAUGUGUUAAGUAAGUACUGUGUUAAUGCAGAAGAAUUCUUGAAAAUAUGUUAAUGUGAAAUUGAUUUAAAAAUUAGAAGUUCUGUUUAUUAUUUGAACCCUAGAUGUGCACCUCUUGGGAAUGUUUAAUUCAUGUUUUAUCAGCAUGUUUGUUUACGCAAUUCCAAAUGGGAUAUCUGAUAAUGGUCAAAGAGUAUUUACAAAGUGAUACUGCUUUACCUCCAUGCUUGUUCAACAGGAAAGCUGAACAAAACUGACGAUUCCUGUAGCUUUUAGUUAUGGAUGUGUACAGUUUCAAAUAAUGUGUCAUUGUUAGGGCCCUACUUCAAUCAAUAAAUGGCAUUUGGCCUUGACCUUUUUGGGGGGAUGCAGACGUACCAAAUUUCCAGCUCUGCUAGAUGUGAAACAUUAAACUGUUGUGCCUGGAAACCACCAUAUAUAGUCCUGUCAUAAUACACCUGACUAGCUUAAUGUCUUUUUUGCACUUGAUUAAAUUAAAUUUCAGAGAUGACUUUCACACUACUUUCAUCUCAGAGAUCCCUCAAUUAAUGUGGUGUCUUGGUACAUUUUAGGUUUGGUAUUUUUCACUGCAAGCAGAUGUCAAGACAUCUGCUUGCAGUGCCUAUGAAAAGGAUUCUACCCCCACUGACUUUUUCAUGUUUUCAAAUCAACUUGUUCACAAGCUGUGAAAGUAAACUUUUUGUAUUCAUAUUUUAACAAUUAGAUAUUCUAUUAAAUGCACACUAGCUGCAAUGGGACUUCAUAGUAUGAUCAGAAGGAUUUAGUUUUGAGUUUUGAGAAUAAACAAGUUAACUUCUCUGGU